UCUAUGGCAGUACUCGGUGCCUGCGAGUUGGGCUUACUACUGAUCGCAAGUGCUGGUUUCUUUCUGAUAGCUCCAGGCAGAGGUGACAUUCUGUCUGCGCCAACCGAUGUGCAUUUUGAAAUGGAGUUUUUCCAACACAUUUUAUCAUGGUCCCCUGGAAAUUCCAGCUCCCUGGUUAUCUCAUACGAAGUGGAGUUUCUAAGAUAUGGGAAUGCAACCUGGAAUCCAGUUCCUCAUUGCUUCCUAACCUACAAUCUCACAUGUGACCUAACAGUGGAGACUCUUCCAGUAGCUGUAGGGUAUUAUGCAAGAGUCAGGAGCGUCUCUGGGAACCAAACCUCCGCCUGGGUCCGGACAGAACGAUACUCGGUCAGAGAAGUUAAACUGGCCCCACCGUAUGUCUCGCUUUACGUGGAUGGCAGUUCUCUCGUUGUUCAACUCAGUCUUCCAGAGAUCCAUUACAAGAACCUUACCUUGCGCUACGAUGACCUUUUCCCGUUUAAUCUUGCGUACGCUGUACAUGUUCGUCGAACCACAGAUAAUCAUUCAUUUGUACAGGUAGAAGAUAUACUUAGGUUCCAUGUUACUGGUUUGGUUGCUGGAAAUGAGUACUGUGUGUCUGUACAGACCUUUAUCAGAUCCCGUCGAAACAUUGGAACCCUGUCGAAUGAAAGCUGUCUAUGGAUCUCAAUGGAAGAGCAUGGUAGCAAUAUACUUAUGGUAGUGGCUUGCAGUAUUCUGGCUGUGAUGGCUUUUAUGAUCUUCAUAAAUGUCUUCAUUUGUCUCUACAUUCGGAAAACAGUGAAGACCCCCACAACUUUGAAAUCUCUUAUGAAGAGAAGUUGGUCUUGGAUGGAUAAACCAGCUACCCCCACAGAGGGUAAGAUUUCACUACACUGGGAAAGUGACCUGAUUGAUCAUCGCAUGACAGAAUCCAGAAAUUCUUUGAUAUGCGGCAGCACAGACAGUGGAUUUGGAAGCCAAAUUUUUCCAGAGAGAUUUUCACAGCCCUGCCCUGUGGUCAUAAAGUGUUCUAGACAUGACAGUAUGUUAGAUAUCCAAGGUACGGAUUCAGAGAUUUGUGUGAUAACCCAACCUGAGGAUGUUUCUGUGAGUAUUAUGAACUCUGAAAUCCUGGAUGGUGACAGUGGUAUCAGCCUAUCCACGGGUUCCCCAUGCCUAAAGCGGAGCUGCAGCAGUGGAAACCCUACAUAUGGUGCAGAUACUCAGGGAUCUAAGGAUGCUUUUAUGGGAAUUAAAGAGGAUGAGAAGUGUGAAUACCUAAGGCAGCCUUUGAUUGACAACAAACAGAGAAGCUUAGAAGAGAAGGAUAUGCUGAGGCAGUGCCUAAUACAAUCCAAAGAUUACCUUUCACAAGAGCCACAAAAGCUGCAUUCUGAACGUUCUGACCAGGAAAAAUGUUUAGAUUUCCAAGGGCCAUGGAUACAGAUACCAGAAGUGAUCUCACUUGGUGCAGCCUUCAGCCCAUUCAGCCAGGUGUUGUGGGGUUUGAGUGUCAGCCCUCUGACCUUAGGCGAUAUAGAACUCAUGGAUACUAGAUCAUGACAUGAUCAAUAGAGGGUAAAGUACACAAGUCUCUUUCAUAUGGGAUCUGAAUGUACAUAUUAAUCCCCUAUUUGGCCAGAAUGGGGCUCACUACUAAUUGAAUAAAGAUCGGGUGUAGUGUGAAAGGGUUUUCUCAUUAACAAAAGCACAAAGUAUUACGCCACCCACCUCAGCCCAUGAGAGCAACUACUUAGUCUUCAUAACCUACAGUACCUGGAAAAUAAUAGCAGUGUUCUUCACCACCAUGUCUGUAAUGUUGACUUAUGAAGUUACAAGGAGCUGCUCAAGAGUGUUUCCUAACUCAUUCAACCUGUAGAUAAUUCAUUUGUUUUAAUUUGCACAUUUUGUAUAUUAGAUUUAUUUAUUGUAUAUAUUUUGUUAGGUGGUUUUGUACUUUUAUAAAGUGUUCUAUUUGUCCCCUG